UGCACCGGGAGAGCUCAGACCCUCGCGGUUUCUCUUGGUUUUGUGCUAGAGGAGAUUUCUGUGCUGCUGAAUCGCUUUAGAGGUGUUGCAUCCAUUUUCCUUUCAUCCCCAGAAAGACGGGAGCGACGCCAAUGUGAGCAUGGCUGUGACCGUGGAAGAAGCUCCGUGGAUGGGCUGGGUCGUCGCGAAAGCCCUGAUGAGAUUUGCCUUCAUGGUCGCCAACAACCUGGUUGCUAUUCCAUCCUACAUCUGCUAUGUAAUUAUACUACAGCCCCUCCGAGUGCUGGACAGUAAGCGUUUCUGGUAUAUCGAGGGACUCAUGUACAAAUGGCUUUUAGGAAUGGUGGCGUCCUGGGGAUGGUACGCUGGAUACACAGUGAUGGAAUGGGGGGAAGAUAUUAAAGCAAUUUCUAAUGAUGAAGCAGUGAUGUUGGUGAACCACCAGGCAACUGGAGAUGUGUGUACCUUGAUGAUGUGCCUACAAGACAAAGGACCGGUUGUCGCUCAGAUGAUGUGGCUGAUGGAUCAUAUUUUCAAGUACACAAACUUUGGGAUUGUUUCUCUGAUUCAUGGGGACUUUUUUAUAAGGCAGGGAAAAUCCUAUCGUGACCAACAGUUGCUGGUUCUCAAGAAGCACCUAGAACAUAAUUACAGGAGCAGGGAUCGAAAAUGGAUCGUUUUGUUUCCUGAAGGGGGCUUCCUCCGGAAGAGGAGAGAAACAAGCCAGGCAUUUGCCCAGAAGAAUAACUUGCCGUUUCUUACACAUGUCACUUUGCCAAGGUUUGGGGCAACAAGCAUCAUCCUGAAUGCACUUGUAGCACGGCAGGAAAACGGAAGCCCAGCAGGAGGAGAUGCUAAAGGCUUAGAAUGCAAAUCAAGAGGCCUCCAGUGGAUAAUAGAUGCAACCAUAGCUUAUCCCAAUGCUGAGCCAAUAGAUAUUCAGACCUGGAUCCUUGGAUACAGGAAGCCAACAGUCACUCAUGUUCACUACAGGAUUUUUCCAAUUAAAGAUGUGCCCUUGGAGACGGAUGACCUCGCCAGUUGGCUCUAUCAGCGGUUUAUCGAGAAGGAGGACCUCUUGUCACAUUUCUACAGAACAGGGGCCUUUCCUCCUGCCCAGGGCCAGAAGGAAGCUGUUUCCAGGGAGAUGACCCUCAGCAACAUGUGGAUAUUCCUCAUUCAGUCCUUCGCAUUUUUGUCAGGCUAUCUGUGGUACCACAUCAUUCAGUACUUUUACCAUUGCCUAUUUUAGGAACUGAUUUGGACUUGUCACAUAGGAGGAGUUCAGACUUCAUACAUGUGCUUUAUUUUACAUGUGCAAAUCUAAAUAUACAAAUCAAAAUAUAUAAAAUGCAAAGGAAAUUCAAAUGGAUGGAUUAAUGUUUAUCCCCCUUUGGGAUAUUUUAAAAUUCUACUACAAUGAGGAUCAGUAAUACAAUGAAGUGCUAAUGUAUUUUAAGAACUUUUUAUGUUUUAAGGAGAUACACUCUACCGUACGUUUAUGCAAGCAUCACACUGGGAGAAGAGGAAAUCAUAAAAUCAUCCUAGAAGACUUCGAAAGAAACUAUUGCCACCAGAUGCCCUUGGUCAUGCCCCUGUUCAGUGUUAAUGUGUCCACCCAUCCUGCUGAGGCACUGGAGCCUGGAGAGCUGGUGGGCAAGUCCUGAGGACUCGUCAGUCACCUUCUCUAACAAGCUGCAGCCUCAGUCCUGGCUGAGGAGCAGCACUGGCCUUCUGUGGGAGCAGUGUCCCUGGGAAGGCUAGCUCAGCCCAGCACCAUGCUAACGUGUGCUAGUGUUUGCCUCUGUCAGGGAAGGGGAGCACCACUUUCUCUUCUGUAUAGAAGGCACAUCAUAGAGUGAUAAUUGUAUUUUACAAAAUGCACUUUUAUCAGUUGCAAAUAUAACAAAGGAUAGUAACAUAGCCUGAAACAAAGGGAAACCUCAUCGUGAGCAGGCCCUCUGGAGGCUUUCCUGUCUUCGUGCUUGCCCAUGAUGCACUCCAGCACCACCUUCAUUGGUCACCUCCCUGACCCCACUCCCCUAUUGGUAGCUGGAUCUCCCCUCCCCCAAUUUUGACAUAGUAGCACCAAAUGUAUUUGGGGGCAGUUAAAGCAAAUUAAUGCAAGCAUUUAAAUGACCAGUUUAAGGGAAGUAGACUAGCAUAUUAGGAAAUGAAACGUAGAACCAGACAUUGGCUUGCAGUAUUGACAGGGCCUCCUGGGGUCCCCAGAGUCUGUGCAGACAUCAGUGUGUUCUGUCAUGUCAAGCGGCUGUUCUUCUCAGGGUAGCAGGACCAGGAGACAGCAGCUCAGGACACUUACCAGUCUCUUCCAGUUGUUUUUGAAGAGGGCAGAGUCAAGCAAGUUUCUGUCAUUGUGUUCCUGUGAUUUACCUCACAGGAGAACCAGACUUUGCAAAAAGUACAGACACUUUAUUGGUAUUGAGACAGAGGGUUUGGUUUAGGAUAAUAAAAUUUUUAAACCUGAAUAAGGCAGCAGGAGUUUCCUGUGGCAUAAACACUGUGGAGUUCCCUAUUGUGGCUAACAGCACAAAUAACAAUUCUGAGAAAUAGGCUGUAAAACAAAAGUAAGGACUAAUGUUUUCUGUUUUCAAAUAAACCAAAAAAAAAAAAAAGAGGAAAAGAUGCAGAUUCCCCCAUUUGUACGAGAAAGGCUGAACAACACCAAAUACAAGCACUUCAUCUUUAGCAAACCCAGAGGACGUGUGGAAGAGAAUGACAUGUUAGCUGGCAUACCUCACCAGCACCACACCACUGCUGUUACACUGCAGGAGACCUUUGGUGUGGGAGCAUCUGUUAUCAAGCAAAGCUGUUUGCUCUGGUUUACAGUGACAGUGAAUAGGUGAAGAAAGCCGUCUUCAUCUGGAAAUGAUGGGAAUCCAGAGAGAAGCUAUUCAGUGCUUCUAUUUGAGGCCCAGAAACACUGGAUGUAUUGAAUUGAGGCAUUAGUUGGCCAUCUGCGGGAGAAGUUGUUCACUAGCUAGCAGCCUAUUUCCUCAGUGCAAAGUAAGCCACAGACUGCAGUGGCCAGUUCCUAUAUGAGUCAGUAUAUCCAUCCAUACAUGCAGACAGAAUUGUGGCUCUGGCCCCCUUCUACCACUACAGUGCUCCAAAGGACGUGAUCUCUGAAUAUACUGUACAUGGUAAACUCACUCCCCUAAGAGGCAUCACUGUCAGAUGCAGUUUGAUAUUCAGUCUCUAGAGUGACAAAUAAUGAUAGAUCUGAGUAACUUUUGAUAAUGGACAUGAGCUGUAAAUAGAUACGUGUUUGAUCUGUCCUACACAUCUUCAGUUCUUUCAACAUGUCUUCUGUGUGCAAAACCUGUUUGAGAGUAUUGAUAGGGCUUCCUUAUCAGUAACUGGAGACCACCUGCUUGUACUAACUAGGGAAUGUGAAGAGAGAACAGGUAUUCUUUAUAACAGUCUGGGGAAAUCACAGUAUGCCACUGUAAAGAACGGAAUAAAAUUCCCCAUUUGAACUGUGUGUGUAAAGAAAGGAAGUUAAUGUCUCAAGUUAGGGGGAAAGUGAGUAAAGCCACACCAGUUUGUAAAGGCAUCCUUUAGGGUUACAGCUCUUUGGCCUCAGCUGGAGACAGGCUGGGCAACUUGCUGCUAGAGUCCUUGGACCACAGACAAGACCAAGCAACAACUCACCUCGCCCAGUUUCAGAAAUACAUGUAUGACUGAGCAGCCCAUGAGCAGUGGAAGCAAAGAAAAGCCAGAAUGGGAUGAAGCUUGAAUAGAUAAACUAGUUAGAUGAAAAUUUAAUAAAGCAUGAAACAAUAGCUGUGGAUUCAGAUCUGUCAUGUAUUAGUGUUUGGUAUUACAGCUCUUAAAUUCCUAUAGCAAAUAACUUGGGAUUGCUGAAUAAGUAGUCAAUUACAGGGUAGUUAAUUCAGUAUUAAGUCAUAGGAAGCCAAAAAAUAAUUUUUUUGUAGGAAUUUCAGGCAACCAGCAGGAAGAGAAAGCAAAGCCAGCAUAACCCGUGGGCUGGACAGGCAUCUCUGAACAAGACAGAGUUGGUGCAGUUGAAUUUGUCCCACCCAAUUGCAGCCUCUGAUGUGGUUGUCUGGAUCAGUGUUGGAAAUGCCACUUCAUCCAUGGCCUUGUGUAUGGCUCCCUUCUUAUUUGUCUUUGUGAUGUGUUUUGACAAUCGGUAAACACUGAAGACUCUUAUCAGCUUGGUCCUGGUUGUGGUCACAGAGAGUAGUCUCUGUCACGGGUCUUCUGUGUCCACUCGUGUUUGUUUGCAUUACUGAACAGGAGGAGUUAACUAAUGUUUUGUGGUUUUUCAUCCUUUUUAUGAAUUCACUGCACAACAGUGAACAGAGAAUUUUCCUCCAGAGUUACCAUUACAGAAAGUGUAUUCAGCUCUGUUCCACAAAGGGUGGAUGAUAAUGGUGUCUUCUAUGGGAUUUUUGCCCUGUGAGUGCUGUGAACCUUCUAGCUGCAGGCAGGAGAGUCAGAGGCGCUCUGGAUCACAGGUGUGCUAGUUCAUGUCAUGAUGGGUAGACACUGUUUGGGACCAAAACCACCUAAGUUGGAAAUUUCUGGAUCACAAAGGAGCCUGGCAUACUCUGAAGUAGUUAGUGGUUGGUGCUGUCUGACGGUCAUUUUGUACCAGCCCCCAGUAAUUACCAAGUGGGCUCUGAGAAGAAGCUGCAGGUUCCAGACUGUUGGGGGAGAAUGGCCAUAGUCAUGUAAGGUACAGUCUUGGGCUUUCUGCAGAAAUUCCAUCUGGGGAAUUUUUACAUUUAAUAUUUUUUUAAAACAGUCUAAAGAGCAAAAAAAAAUGUAUGUAUAUUAUAGUUGCAAAGUGUGCAGAUGCUUUGAAUGACUUUAUUUUUAUUGUGUAAAACUGUUGAACACUGCUGUGGUGCACAAAUUCUUUCCAUGUAAGGAGUCUGUGCAUUCUACAGUAACAUCUUAUGAUUGGGUAAUGAGACAGUUAUACAUUCAACUGCCAUUAUUUUUAUUAAGUGCUUUCACUUUCUUUGCAAUUAUUACAAAGUUGUAUUUAUUUUCUACAGAUGCAUUUUUGUUUUCAUAAUGCUAUAAUGUUUACUUCAGCUUGUUGAACUUUCUUUGUGAUCUGCUUGUCACAGUGUGUUUUAAGAAUGACAGUAAAGGCUGUGGCAACUGUAAUUCACUUCUGUAAAGGGCUGGUCACAUGUGGAUCUGGUUUCUGAAUGCAUUAGGGAUGAUUUUACCAGAUUACUCUUUAAGAAACUUAGAUAUUGUGAAUACCAAAAGAAGCAUUUUCUCAGCAAAAAUUAAUAGCUGGUUCUAUUUUUUUUAAUGUAGAGAAAAUAAAGUUGAUUCUUUUUUUCCAAAACAAUGCUUUUAAUUCUUAAUAGUGGGGAUGGGUAUCUGUGCUGUCUGGAGCUCCACAUUGUGAACCACUGGCGCUCGUGCCUGGAGCUCAGCAUUCAGUGGCUGGUGAGAAAACCAUCCACUUCCUUCCGGGACUGAAAAGAUUUGCCCAUCCCCAAGUCUUCUCAUUUGUUGCGUGAUGGUAAAUGUUUAGCAGUCCUCUCUCUUGGAGAAAAUUAUGUAUGUAAGUGCACAUACAUGUGUGAUAAAUUUUGCUUAUAACAGAUAUUUAAUGCAAUUAGCAAGUAAUAAAAUAUAAUUGAUUUUUA